CAAACGCUCAUCCCAUAAAACAUAUUCUCCGAACAAGUCAAUGGGCGUCAGUGAUUCUUCUAUUCACGCGUGUGCUUAAAUUCCUUUGCUCUCGAUCAACUACAAAUGUUCUUCACAAAAGACCGCAGAUGAUGACUUUGCGACAUCUAAAUUUCAUGAUUGUAGUAUCUUGUAUACACUGCAGCAGCGGCUGGUGCGUUUUUGGUAGCCCGAAAUGGAACCUUAUAGGUUUUCGUUCUCAAUUUGAAGUUCUACGCCCUGAGAGCUGUAAAACGAAAAAAAGCUCAAUGUCAUUGCUUCGUAGGGAUGAAUACUGUUCAUACCGUUUUACUGAGCGCCUUUUCUAGAACAUUGAAUUUGUCCUAACGACCGGUAUCGACAUCCCAGUCGGCUGACAUUACCAUUCAGUCAGACUCCUACCAUGGUGCGGUGUACGUCCUUCGUUGUGACAUGGAUAUCCGACUUAACGCUUAACGCGUUCACCUUGUUUGUCUCUGUCGCAGCUACGUUG